AUGACGUUUGAUGACUGGAUCCGAAUUGGAACAGAUAUACAGAAAGCCUAUGAUUGGUACGAUGGCUUUGUGGUACUGCAUGGCACCGACACGCUUGCUUAUACAGCUAGCGCUUUGUCAUUUAUGUUUGAAAAUCUUGGAAAACCGGUUAUUAUCACCGGUGCGCAGAUACCGGUGUGUGAAACAAGGUCUGAUGGACGUGAUAAUUUGAUUGGAGCGCUAAUAUUCGCGGGCAGCUUUGAUAUUCCAGAAGUAACUGUCUACUUUAACAAUAAACUGCUGCGAGGGAACCGUUCCUUGAAAUUAGACAACAGCGGUCUGGAAGCAUUCGAUAGUCCCAAUAUGCUUCCACUGGCUCAUAUGGAAAUAUCUAUCAAAAUUAUGUACGAAUCGAUUUAUCGUUCACCGACUAUUCAGCCAUUCCAAGUCCAUGAGAAUCUGUGUCGCAAUAUUGGUCUCCUUCGCAUAUUCCCUUCCAUAUCGAUUGAUUUGGUAAAAAAAAUUUUUUUCUAGAA